AUGAUGCGCGAUAUUUAUUCCCGUUCCGUAACGACUGUAAUCUGCCUUUCAACCGCCGAUAAGAAAAUAUCGGCUGCGCCUCAAUUCGGUUCCAAUCAACCACGAGGGUUCGGAGGAAACGCCGGACUAUGGGACCCACCAGCGGCUAAAAAAGUAAACGCUGGGUUUGAAUGGCUCAAGAACCAGCCACUUCAAGGUUCUACAAGUCUUGUCGACAUUUUCUGGAAGGAUUGUUACAAUGGAGGGCCUCAUCCUGAGACUCUGGAGUCCUUCGUGAGGUUUCUUCAAUCUCCCUGGUGGACACGGUCGUGGGUAUACCAGGAGUUUGUCUGUUCGCCCAAAAUCCACUUUGUGUUUGAAGACGAUGGUGAUUCUUGGGAGAGGAUAUCGACAUGUCUGACCUCAGACCCUGGCUUUUGGUGCGAUGUGUGGAAAAAUCGUCUCACGGGCAAGGAUCACCAAGAUAUCGUGCGCGCCAAGGAUGAACAAUUUGAUCAGCAACGCGCGCAGAAGAGUGCCGAGGAAGGCGAAGGAGAGUCAGAGCGUGGGACGAGCAUUCUGAGUUUCGAAGAACAGGUGCACAAGCAAGUUGAUUCCCUCAUAAAAGAACUCACCGCUCCGAAUGUGGAAAAGUCGAUACGCACCGUGGCGGCCAUGAUGAAUGGCCGUUCCAAGCAAAACAGUGAAGUAGGGGACUUGCGCAUUCUUCUUCGUAACGCGCGGAACUUUCAGGCCUCGGAUCCAAGAGACAAGAUAUACGCAUUCAUUGGGCUUGCGCGGAACGACUACGGCUUCAAGCCUAGCUAUUCACCCGAGAAUACGCCUGUACAUGUCUACUCGGACGCGGCACGACGGAUUGUCGAGAUUGACCGAGAUCUAAACUACGUUCUUGAGCAAGCAUUUGUCGGCAGACGUGACCUGGGCUUCUUUCUUCCCUCGUGGGUCCCAGACUGGACCUGCAGAGAGGACAGGGACAUAUUGUUGGAGCUCCAAAACCUCACCGACGGGGCCAGAAAAUCGCCGGGGGCCUCUAGCGCUACUAGCAGCUUAGCCAUUUUCAAAGAGGAUCCCUAUUGUCAAGCGAUCGAGAACAAAGGCUUUAGUUUGCAAGUGACGGGCAGACAUGUUGUCACACUCCCCCAAGUAUUCCGCGAGAUUUCUCCAAACUUGCAACGGUUCGAAACUGAUUCAGGCCUGGGGAUCUAUGCUUCCAGGACAGCACGACCGAAAGAUGAAAUAUGGUCGCUUUCUGGAUGCGAUUGGCUAGUGUUCUUGCAGGACGAGGGGAAGGAUAAGUACUGCUUUGGCGGCUUUGUUGUUGUCCAUGGGCUCGAGGAGAAGUCAACUUUUGAAAAUGAGCCGAAGGAAAUUUUUCUAAUUUGA